CCUCCCCCGGCGCCGGCAGCCUCGCGGAUCCCGCCCCUGCCUACCUCCCGCCCGCCGCAGCCGCCUGCCGGCCGAUCUCCCAGCAGCCGGCCCCCGCGUCCGCCUCCGGUCGUCAACCCCCCCGCCCCCGCAGAGGACCGACUGCCCAGACCGCGUGUCCCGGGGCUCCCUGGGCGGGCCGAUCCCAGGGAGCCCCCUGACUGCCUCCCAGAGCUGGGUGGGGAAAGGGAGCUUAGCCCGCCGCCGCCUCCGAGCUGGCCGCCAGGUGAGCGCCGGGACAGGUCUCUGGCGGCCCGAGAUGGGCGCCCGGCCCUCGCGGCGGCGGCUGCCCGCGGACCCGCCCCUAGCCCUGGACGCGCUGCCCCCGGAGCUGCUGGUGCAGGUGCUGAGCCACGUGCCGCCGCGCGCCCUGGUGACGCGCUGCCGCGCAGUGUGCCGCGCCUGGCGUGACGUGGUGGACGGGCCCACCGUGUGGCUGCUGCAGCUGGCCCGCGACCGCAGCGCCGAGGGCCGCGCACUCUACGCGGUGGCCCAGCGCUGCCCGCCCAACGGCGAGGACGAGGAGUUCCCGCUCUGCGCCCUGGCACGCUACUGCCUGCGCUCGCCCCUCGGCCGCAACCUCAUCUUCAACUCCUGCGGAGAGCAGGGUUUCAGAGGCUGGGAGGUGGAGCACGGCGGGAACGGCUGGGCCGUGGAGAAGAACCUAACGCUGGUGCCGGGGGCUCCUUCCCAGACCUGCUUCGUGACUUCUUUCCAAUGGUGCUUCAAGAGGCAGCUUGUAGACUUGGUGAUGGAGGGGGUGUGGCAGGAGCUGCUGGACAGCGCCCAGAUCGAGAUCUGUGUGGCCGACUGGUGGGGUGCCCGAGAAAACUGUGGCUGCAUCUACCGUCUCCGGGUCCGCCUCCUGGAUGUGUAUGAAAACGAAGUGGUCAAGUUCUCGGCCUCACCCAACCCGGUUCUUCAGUGGACGGAGAGAGGCUGCCGACAGGUGUCGCAUGUCUUCACCAACUUUGGCAAGGGCAUCCGCUACGUGUCUUUUGAGCAGUACGGGAGGGACACACGUUCCUGGGUAGGGCACUAUGGUGCCCUGGUGACCCACUCCAGUGUCAGGGUCAGGAUCCGCCUGUCCUAGCCAACUGAUCCAGCCUUCCAGAAAGUACUGCCGUCUGCUGGGCAUCAUCAGUCAAGGGCAGUUUUGAGAUUUGGGAGCCCGGCCGGGAGCCAGGUGCCCAUGGACAAGUGGGGGUCCCAUGUGGCCCCUUCCCGGCAGCCCUCCAGGGAACCGCUCUCACUGCUCUUUCGGCAUGGUGCCCAUGUGCUGUGCAAGAAACCAUGGAUCCAACCAGGCUGCUCACCACUUCCCCAGCUUCCCAGGGUGGGAGAAGUUACCCCCAGAGUAACUCAGAGAUGUUUACUUUGCUUGCAAAUUGUUUUCUUACACGUGUGGAUGUCAAUUGGCAGACUGAGUCACAAGACAAAGGCCAAACCAGGAUUUGUAACCGUGGGGGAAAGUCACUGACCACCCAGGAUGGUGACUCUUGACCACAUGUUUGUGGGGUAAGCUGGCAGGGAGCAGAGCUGUCCUUGAGGACAGAUUGUCCCGCCUAAGGUCUGCUCCCUGAGGUCACCAACAGGGGCAAAAGGGGAACCGUUUCCUUAGUCUUCAGAGUCUCUGGGACUCAGCUGUGGGGCCUGUGUGACCUGCUCCAGCACCACCCAUCAGGCCUGCUUUUUGGGCCUGGCUGAUGCCGUUUCUAUCAGAAUUCCCAAGUCCCUGCUGAUCCGCAAACCACAUCCCCUAUCCCACCUCCUGUCCCUACCUCAUGGGAAGCUCCUCUCCUGCUGGCCAACAGAUUCCUUUUCUCCACGCCCUUGCAUUCAGGCUCCAAGAGCAAGGCGUGCCACAGGGGAAAGCACUCGGGCCUGCCUCCCUAGUGUCUCCUGCUCUCUCCCUGGCUGGGCACGGCCAACCAACUAGCUCAAUAAAUAUAUCCAAAGUCGCAGAACAAAGAGGGAGGGUCGGGAUUCAGACCCAGGUGUGUGUGGGUCUGAAAAUAACUGAGAGGAGCAGCUCCCAGGCGGCCAGCAGCACACCCCCUCUGAGCCUCCCAACACCCCCCAGCACAGAUGAGGAAGCCGGACAGCCGGGCUGUCCUUGCCCAGAUCCUGGGCCUGUGGGAAAGGGAAAAGGGCCUCAGAGCCGCCUAGCAGACUCCAGAGCUCCCCCACAGAGUAGCCAUUGGCAGGUGUUCUGCACUUAGGGCCUCGGAUUUCAUCUUCACCAAACCCAACAAGGGGGAUAUUGUGAGGAGGGCUAUUUUCUGGAGCAAACAGGCCCAUCGGGGAUGUUCGUGGCUAAUACCACGCAGAGGACAAAUACAGGAAGGGGCACACCACAACCAGGGGAGUGGGAGGCGGUCUGUGUGUUUAUUGCCACCCCUUCCCAGCAGAUGGCAAUACAGGGCCCUGUCCCAGCAGAAGAGGUCCUCCGAGCCCACGCUCUACAAACAGAAGGCAAGGGUGUUGACGGGGGUGUGUGGACGGGGGGGGGGGGGGUUUACUAACUCCAUCCAGAAGCCCUGUGGGCAAGCGGUGUUCCCGGUGGAAGAGGCAAAGGCAGGAUCUGCACCCAGGACCAGGUACUUCCAGAGCUGGAAGGGCUUCCCAAGGAUACCGCAGGCACCCAGAGAGGAAGGUUCUGGUUCCGGGGGAACCCCAGCCCGCUGCGGCCCCGCCAGUCACUUCUUCUUCUGCACGUGGCCACAGUCGUACUUGCCACGCACAACAGUCAGCUUCACGCCGGGCAGGUCCUGGGUGCGGCCGCCCUGUACCAGCACGACAUGGUGCUCCUGCAAGCUGUGGCCCUCCCCGGGGAUGAAGCACACGGCCUCUCGGCCGCUGCUGAGCCGCACGCGGCAGCACUUGCGGUUGGCUGAGUUGGGUUUCUUGGGCUUUCGGAUGAACGUGCGCAACACCACUCCCUUCAGCUGCGGCCGGCCAGCCGUGGGGCCUAGAGGUGGAGGCGGCCUCUUGGGAAGCCCUCGGCGGUGCAUCUGGUUCAGGGUGGCCAUGGGCCGGGUGGCCAGGGCUAGGCCUGGAGACACACAACCAGGAGGGGAGGCUGUUACCCCAGCAAAUGGGUAAGAGUUCUAGGCACAGUUCCAAGCACUUUCCCAGGAUGUACUUGUUUCCGUCUGGGGGUAGUCACAAAUAAGAGUAAUAACACCUACGUGUCAGGUUCUGUUUUAAACAUUUAAUGUGAAUUAGCUCCUUUUAUUCUGCAAGGAAGGCACUGACUUUAGUGCUGUUUGCAAACAAUAAAAGCGAACAGAUUCACACCA